UUGCAGGUUUAAAGGAUUCUUGUCAAGAUGAUGAUGAAAACAUCCUUACUGUGUCUGCUGGUUCUGACAUCACUGCUGUGCUGCAAGACUCACCAAGCCCAUCUGACCAUCAAUCCUAGCAGAUAUGAGUUCUUCCAAGGAGAAUCUGUGUCUCUGAGCUGUGAGGAGGACAACAGUUCUGCUGGGUGGACCGUGAGAAGAGAGACAACCUACAGAAAGUCUACAUGUGGAGAUGGAUGGGGAAAAGUAGAAGGUUCUGUUUGCUCUAUCACGUAUGUUUUUAAAAUAGAAAGUGGAAAGUACUGGUGUGAGUCCAGAGAGGGAGCAGCCAGCAGCAGCAUCCAGCUCACUGUCACUGGUACGACCGCUCCCUCCAACCUCCUAGCUGCUUACUCUAAAGAUGGCUCCCCCAUCAGGACUGAGCCUGCAGGUCAUAUGACCCUCCACCAUGUGACCAGCUCGGAUGAAGACCUCUACAAGUGUAGGAUCGGCAGUCAUGGAGAGUCUCCAUCCAGCAGGAUCUCUGUCUCAGGUCAGAGAAACAUCACAGCAGAACCAGGAGACAAUGCCAUUCUGCCAUGUAGAGCAGAUGAGAACAAAGAUGUUAUAGUUGUAGAGUGGAGGAGAACUGAUCUGGAGUCAGAUCAAUAUGUUCUUGUGUACAGGGACAGUCAGUUUUUUCGAGAGGGUCAGUCUCCAUCCUUUAGUAACCGGGUGGGUCUACUGGACGUGAAGAAUGGAGACGUGUCUUUGGUUCUGAAGAAUGUGACGACUGAUGAUACAGGAACCUAUGAGUGUCGAGUCGUUCAGGGAGGAAAUAAUCGCUGGAAGAGAUCUCUACUGGACAUUGAGCCCAUCUGCAUCAUUCCCCUGAGAGUUGAACCAGGAAACCAGGAUGGAGGAAACAAGGACGGACUAAAGGAGGAUGGAGGGAACGAGGAGAAACAGAAAGCGGAUGGAGGGAUCAAGGAUGGAGGCACGAAGACUGGACUUGUAGUGUCCUAUUUUGUGCUGUUGUGGUUCUUCCUGUUGAUGCUGUUGUAGCGUUCUUGUGCCAUAGAAGGCGGAGAUAUUCUUCAACCCAACCUGAUUGUGUUUUUCUGCUCCGGUCAGAUUUAUACAUUUCUGAGUCUAAAGCUAGUAUUAACAAGUAAAGGAGUGUGAACAAGUCU